UGGGGCUACCUCAAUUAUCUUUGGUGUUCUUUGUGGCAGUCACAACUUUAAUUAUUCUUUAUAAAUAAGUGUUAAUUACAUUUCUGGCUCAAGCCAGUGAUUUCUAGAAUCCCUUUUUUUUGCAUCUGUUCUUUUUCUGCAUAUGGUGGGUGGGGGCUCUUUAACCAUUUUAUUUCUGAUGUGAAAUUGCAUUUGCAAGAAAAUACAAGGCGCAAGGGAAGCAGAACACUAUAAGGAUACAGGAUGCUGAAUGGAACUAGCAGACUUGCAAAUGCUCUCUUAGAGUAUUCAUCAAAUGGCAGGAUAAUUAGCACCAUGGAGCCUCAGGUGUCAAAUGGCCCAACAUCCAAUACAACCAAUGGACCUGCCAGUAACAGUAGGAACUGCCCUUCCCCUAUGCAGACGGGGGCUGCUACAGAUGACAGCAAAACAAACCUCAUAGUCAACUAUUUACCCCAGAAUAUGACCCAGGAAGAGUUCAGGAGCCUUUUUGGGAGCAUUGGUGAAAUAGAGUCCUGCAAGCUUGUGAGAGACAAAAUUACAGGGCAGAGUUUAGGGUAUGGAUUUGUUAACUAUAUUGAUCCAAAGGAUGCAGAGAAAGCCAUUAACACUUUAAAUGGACUCAGACUCCAGACCAAAACCAUAAAGGUUUCCUACGCCCGUCCAAGUUCGGCAUCAAUCAGAGAUGCUAAUCUGUAUGUCAGCGGCCUUCCAAAAACGAUGACCCAGAAAGAGCUAGAGCAGCUUUUCUCGCAAUAUGGGCGCAUCAUCACCUCAAGAAUUCUGGUUGAUCAAGUCACAGGUGUUUCUCGUGGUGUAGGAUUUAUCCGUUUUGAUAAGAGAAUAGAGGCAGAAGAAGCCAUAAAGGGACUAAAUGGCCAGAAGCCUAGUGGUGCUACAGAACCGAUUACUGUGAAGUUUGCUAAUAACCCCAGUCAGAAAACAAGCCAAGCCCUCCUUUCCCAGCUGUACCAGUCUCCCAACAGACGCUAUCCGGGACCUCUCCACCACCAAGCUCAGAGAUUCAGGCUGGACAAUUUGCUUAAUAUGGCCUAUGGCGUAAAGAGGUUUUCUCCAAUCACAAUUGAUGGGAUGACAAGCCUUGUAGGAAUGAACAUCCCUGGCCAUACUGGGACUGGGUGGUGCAUCUUUGUGUACAACUUGUCCCCCGACUCCGACGAAAGUGUCUUGUGGCAGCUCUUUGGCCCCUUUGGAGCAGUCAACAACGUCAAGGUGAUUCGCGACUUCAACACCAACAAGUGCAAGGGAUUUGGCUUUGUCACCAUGACAAACUACGAUGAAGCUGCCAUGGCAAUUGCCAGCCUUAACGGAUACCGCUUAGGAGACAGAGUAUUGCAAGUUUCCUUUAAAACCAAUAAAACCCAUAAAUCCUGAAUUUCAUAUCUUUAAUAAUUAUUAUAAAUAUAUAUAUAUAUAAAUAUAUAUACGAACAAACAAACAAAAAACUUUCAAGGCUUAUACUCAACCAUGGACUUUUAUAAGCCAGUGUUGCCUAAGUAUUAAAACGUUGAUAUCCUGUGAACAGGAAAGGAUUUUAUAAUGCUUAGAAAAAACAAAACAAAAAACCUUUGAUGCAUUGAAUGUUCUUUCAUAGCUGUCGUUGUUGAAUAUAAUAUACAUAGAUAACAAUGUGCAGGGAUUUUUACCCGGCCAGCUAGUUUUACUACCUUCCUUGAAGGUGGGUCUUUUUAAGAUGACCAUUCACUCAUUUGAAAAAUAAAUAAAUAAAUAAAUGAAAAAAAAAUCUAAAACCAUUUUUACAGACUAAUGGGAUUAGCAGAUUUUGCUCUUUUUUUUCCAAAAUGUUUGAUCCAAUCAGAUUGGUAAACCCCCAACAUAAAUUAAAGAGGAACAAUAAAAAUUGCAAAAUGAAAAAAAGAAAGAAACAUAAUUUUGCAACUUUUUUAUUUUUCCUUUUUUAUUUUAUAUCAUGUGAACUAAACAGUCUUCUGUUAGGGAUAGGGUAAAAGGGGGGGAUACCUGAUGACAUAACAGUUUAAAUAACAUUAACAAUGUUGCCAAAGAGGUGGUCUCUUUGCUGAAAAUGGGUUUCAAGAAAAAUCUAUUUUUAUAAAAUAUAAAGAAUUUUUACAAGAGAAUCUGGAUUUGAGAAAAAAAAUAUUUUGACUGGCUAAUUUAGGGGAAAUUGACAACUUUGUCAUGUUCAUACUGCACUGGUAACUUUUUAGAGAUCAAGAUGUGUGUUUUAAACUGGAUUAAGUAGAUUGUUUUUUGAAGGAUGGGCUACAAACAGAUGAUCUUCGUAUCUUUUCAUAGCAUGUAAUAAAAAUAUUAAAUACAGAACGGGAGAGUGUUCUUCCCAGGCACACAGUUACCCACAGUCAAAACCCAAAAGCAAGGAGAUGAGUUGCAGGAUGGUUUUUCUUUAAGUCAUCAGUAUGGGAUAUCAGCAGAACAAAAGUUUUGGAAAAAAAUUAAUUUUAAUCAAAAAGUUCCUUUCUUUGAGCAGUAGGUGCUACAAAAUUAUUUACAUAUCUUAGUAUCAUAGUUAAAUGUAAUGUGUUUAGAGGGGGGGAAGUACAUUUGCUUUAAAUUUGUUAAGAAUUUUCAGAUUCACUUUCUAGCCCAUACUGAUAUAAAUUGGGCUAUGUUGGCACAUUUGAAACACUCUUUACGUUGCUUGAAACACUUAUUUAUUUAAUUGCUGAUGUGACGCAUAUGCCAAAAUCAAAUAUUGCUAGUUUGGCUAGUCUACUUAUUUGUUUACUUAAACUAUGGGAAGAAGCAUAUUAUUGUGUCAUUUUGUUGUGUGUGUAUGUGUAUAUAUAAUAUAAAUAUAUAUAUAUAUAUAAAAGAAGUUAUUUUUUUCCUUUUGGUUAACUUAUUCUAAGUUGUAACACUUUGCUAGUUUCGUUUGUAUGUCUUAAAAUGUUUUCUUAAUGAUACUUAAGUGGCAAGAGGUAUCAAGGUAACCUGUGUAGAAAUAUUGUUUGAUAUAUUGUCAUGUUUGUUGUGAAUAUUAUUAUUUUUUUCUUACUGCACAGUAGAAAACAACAAAAACUGGGUCUUUAUUUUGAUGUAAUUCAGAUUGGGGAAAACAGAGCUAAGGGAACAAAAUGACUGAGGGAGUCCUCCCAUGUCCAGUGCACUGAUCCUUUUCGUAUGUUUGUGCUUUGUAUGGUUAUAUAUUUAAAACAAAAAAAAGGUCAUGCUCUUCCCUGAGUACUAGAAACAGUUACUCGCUAUGCAUAAUCUAGUUGAUAGUUAAAUUUGCUAUUGCUUUUCUUGUCUUGUUAUAUACAAUUUUUUCAAUACCAGUUUAGUCUUAAUGGUAAUAAAACGUUAUGGUUCUUUAUAA